AUGUUUCGCAAUCGCAACAAUACCCAGAAGCCUGACGAUGAGUUCAUCAGUCACUUCCAAAGUACAUUCGCAGAUAUCGUUCCCCGACGAGCCAGUCAUGCAAAUGCCUCGAACAACACAUUUCCCGCCGGGACGGGAGAUUCUAUGGUUUCGGACAGGUACGCAGCUCAAAGCUAUGCCAGUCCGGGACUGGAGGCUGAUUUGGCAAAUCACGAGUUUAGACCAAUGGAACACCACGAGAUGAAGAUGGACGAGCAUGAUCUGAAAUUCCCCAGCGAACGGACUCCCCGGAAUCUCCACGACCUCAAUUUCACCCCCUCAUGGAUCGAUCCGCAAUCAAUGACGAUGAUGUCUCUUGCCGGGCAGCACCCGGGAUUCUACACGCCAAACUCGGGAGGAAUGGGUGCUAUUUUCCACAAUCAAGCAGGCGACCUACACACGCCUACCGCUGGUUUAAACAUGAUUACGCCGCUCUCCCUCUCCAACUCGAUCCCGAUUGGCCAACAUAAUGCCCAGCCUACGAUAAACCACUUCAAUCCGCAAUACCUCGCCCAAAACAUGCCCGAUAUGAAUCCCUAUGUCCAACAACAAACGUACGCGCCUAGUGCAUUCAUGCACCGAGACUCGUUCGAAGCUAUGGAUGAGUCUGUGGACAACACGUCAAUCCAUAGUCUCCUGGUUGAUCAGGCAUCCAACAUUUCCGCCUCCACGGAAUAUUCGGGUGCACUCCCCGUGAGCUAUGCCGAAGGUGAAAGUUUCCGCUAUAAUGUUUCUUUGCGAGCUCCGACGGCAAUGGUAAAGCAUCCACGAGAAGUUCCCAUCUCCUACCUCAACAAGGGUCAAGCGUACAACCUCACAGUCAUGGACUCUAACCCGCCGAUGGUCGGCUCCGAGCCGCUACGAUACCGAACAUACGUGCGAGUUUCCUUUGAAGAAGAGGAACAGCGUUCGAAGCCGGCAGCGUGCUGGCAAUUAUGGAAGGAGGGCCGUGGUAUGAGCGAGUCGCACCAACGGGGAGGCAAGCUUCUGGCGGUGGAAUACGUGGACCCGCACCAAGGUGGCGAGGACCACAAGCACCGUCAAAUUCAGGUUGAGCACAUGUCUUUCGAUGGAUUCUGCGUUACUUGGACUGCGAACCCUACGACCGGCACACCCGACUGUUCGAUUCCCGUUCGAUUCAAUUUCCUGUCUACCGAUUUCAGUCAUUCCAAGGGUGUGAAGGGUAUUCCGGUGCGAUUGUGUGCAAAGACGGAGCUCUUGACGCCCAGUGAUGAGUCGGAUAGCUCUGGCGAGGCGGAAGUGUGCUACUGUAAAGUUAAGCUUUUCCGUGACCAUGGUGCCGAGCGCAAGCUUUCCAACGAUAUCGCGCAUGUCAAGAAAACGAUUGAGAAGUUGAAGCAGCAGAUUGCCCAGGCAGAGAUGGGCGGUGGGUUCGGCAAGCGCAAGCGUGGCAGCAACGCUACGGCGAACAUGAAGACGGCGGACCGGUCCAAGAACCCGAAACACAAGCGCACAUGGUCCAUGGGCUCGCAGGACGGGCAACCCGAGAAGUUGUCCCUCGAAGAUGAUCUGCAAGCCAAGCUGGUCAUGAUGCAGGAUAUGUUCUCAUCCACUCGCACCAUGAGUAUUCUUGCCUUGCGCGGUGACGAGGAAGAUGACCCGGACUUGUUCCCAGUUCGGCUACCGGCUGAAGGCGAAACCAUCAAGCUGGAACCUCUCAGUCGGCAGAACACGGGCGCCUCGCAAUCGAUGGAGUCUCUGAUUCUGUCUCCCACAAGCAGCAAUGUCUCCUUGAACUCACCCCGAGUAAACGAGAGCAAAUUGGCCGCCUUGAAGGGCGCGAAGAAUCCAACCGCUGUUCCGCGGAUCGCAACUGGUGAUUCCAUCUCAACUGGAUUCAUCGAGGCUGUUGAUAUUGACCCGACUUAUCGCCCGCCAGCGGAGCGUCCACCAAAGCCAAUUGCAUGCUUCUACGUCCGAUUUGCCGGGACUGACCAGCAGCCCGAUUACUACCGUGCCAUCUAUCUUACUGAGCGCACUGUACGAGAUUUGAUGAAGAAAAUUUCCGAGAAAAACCACCUGGACCCCUCCCGCAUCGUGCGUAUCUUGCAUGUCAACCAGAAUGGUCUUCGAAUAAUGGUUGAUGACGAUGUGGUCCGCGAGCUCCCGGAGGGACAGGACAUGAUUGUCGAUAUCUACGAGUCUCCGGCUAAUACCAACGAAGGCGAUGAUUGGUCGCCCGGCGCCCCGGUCGAAAUCAAAUUGACAUACUGA